AGCGAAUGUCAGCUGGGGAGACACAAGUCAGGGGGACAGGGUGAAGCGGCGGGGUGUCUGAGCCACUGGGCAGGGGUGGAGGGGAGCCAUCAGCACCGAGGAGGCCUCGGACCUGUUUGGUCUGUGGAGAAGACAGGUGAGUGAUACUGGGGGAGUGGAUGGUGGGCGGAGGUGGAGCUGCGCUUCGUGCCAGGCCCACACCCUAAACAUCUUGUCCCACUGCACCCAUCUGGGAUGAGUCAAGAGGAACACAGCCACCAACAAAAACACGGGCUUCUGAGACCUAGGACACAAAGAAACCAUGAGGAAGGAAUGAAGAAGGUGGAGAAGAGAACAGAGACUGAAACAGGAAGAAAUGUGAAAACUAGAACCAUGGGGUGACAGUGCUUUCAGCCAUCAGAGAUGGCUUGGAACUUGAGGCUGCAUGAAAGCCACCUGUGAGCACCUUUGGUGACUUACCCUUCACCUCCCGGACUGCCCAGACUGCAGGGAGAGGAACAGUCCUGGGCGGAAUUCUCUGCCUCGGCUCUGGGCAGCAGCAGUAACACCCAGGAGAGAGAGCAUGUUUCUGUCUUAGCACCUCAUCAAAAUGGGUGGGUGCAGAAGGUGGCACCCCAGGGCUCCUGCUGCAGCUAAUCCAAGGUUUGGGUGUGGGAGGUUUGGUGAAGGAGGGGUCUGCCCAAGGGUGGAGGGCCAGGUGCAGUUGGGGAUCCCAGAGAUGGUCACUGGAACCACACAGAAAGCUUGCGUCGCCAAUAGAGAUGAGAGUCUGCAGCCCAGGAAGAAGGGACAGGUUGGGAAGGGCCACUGCUGAGCACCUAAUCCCUCGUGGAGUCCACACACAGGGAGACCGGGGUCCACACAGAGCCUGGGUCUGGCUGCCCUGGUCUGAGAGGAAUCCUGCUGAGGGCAGAAGGUAAAAGAGGAAGAUGGAUGCAACUGGAUACUGGAGUGGGGUUGCCCUGGGAUCCAGACACCAGAGUUUCCAAGCAGGGGGCACCUUGGAGUGGGAAACAAGACUGAGAGCCAGGGCAGGUGAGAAGAGUAAGUCUUUUCGGGGCUGAGGAGGAAAGUGGUGAUGAGCCUGGGUCCUUGGGGAAUGGACGAAGGGGCCUGUCCCCGAGGGAGGGUCUGGUCCAGGAGCAGAGGCCAGAUGAGUGGGUGGUGAGGGGUGUUUGGGAUCCUGAAUGGCAGGCAGAGGAGGAGGCAGACGAGGACAUGGUCCUAGCUGAUGACACAGGCCUCGGGCCCCAGAGACUCACCUGUGGCCCAGCAGAAGAGAGCAGACAAGGUGAGCAGCAGCAGGGCUCUCAUAGUGCCGUCCUGAGAAGGGCAGUGGCCGCAACAGCUCACGAGGUAGGCUUUCAGGGACCUGCCUCUGGGAGUUGAGCACCUUUUUGGAAUUUAUAAAGCCAAAGGCCCCUCCCUUCUCCGUCUCUGCGGGCACCUCCCUCCUUUCACACAAAGCUGACCAGAGGCCUAGACCAGGCGUGGGGAGGGGCGGACCUGGCGGCUUGGGGCGGAGGAUGGGAGCGCGGGUGGGCGGGUGCGUGCUGCCCUCGGCCGGCUCCAUCUUGCGUCUUGCUUUCAGUGCCGAGAGCGCCCACCACCCAGUUCUCUACCGGGGCAUCACCAGAGGGCCUCUGCGGCUCACAAUGGCCCCUGUGACGGCUUCUGCUGGUGCCUAGGACUCGAGCAGUGGGAUGUGGCGAGGUUGCUGCCACGUCUAGGGGCCUGGGGACUACUGGCGGGCGCAUGUGGGCAGAAGCUGGGGAUGGAAAGGGUGGAGUUAACAUCAGUUCACUUGGCCUUCCCAACUCCCGGCUCCACCACCACGGGAUGAAGGAUUUGUGACCUUACGAGGGCCUCUGCCGUCAGGGCAGGAGGGGGCGGGACCAGGGCUGUGAAUCCAGCGGGGCCAAGCACGUGGGAGGUGCGUCUCAGCCCCCCACGGCUCUGGGACCUCAUCUGAUCCACCUGGGUGGGGCAAAGCUGGCAGGGAGGGGCAGCGUGGGCACAGAGGUGAGGUAGGAGCUAAAAUAAGAACAGAAGUAGUGACAAUGAGGACAAGCAGCCUGGCAGUGUUCCUGGAAUCAGCCACUGUUUAGGCGCUUCAUGUGUGUUUUGUUUAGUUCUCACAAUGGGCUAUGAAAUAGGUGCUUUUGUCGCUGUUUUUCAGGUAAGCAAACAGGGAGAGGCUCUUGCCCACAUGGCACAGCAGGUAGGUGGCACAGUCAGGAUUUGAACUCAGCUGGGAGCCAGGAUUCCUGAGGCUCCCAGGUGGAGGAGUUAGGCAGGCAAACGGCUGGCGCUGAAGGGCUUAUGAGUUUGCCAGUUUCCCGAAGGGAUGGAGCUGCUGCCCCCACACCGCUCUUAUCAGAGCCCCAGGCAGCGGUCGGCCCCUUCCUCCAGCCCCUCCGCUGAUUCACUGCGGCCUCUCCCACCACAUCCCAGUCAUGGCCCUGGCCCUGCGGCUGCUGGCUCUGCUGCUCUCCAGGGCCGGCGGGGACCCGGGGGCGUCGCUGCUCGGCCGCCCUGGGGACCGGGUGAACCUCUCCUGCGUCGGGGUCUCACACCCCAUCCGCUGGGCCUGGGCGCCCAGCUUCCCCGCCUGCCAAGGCCUUUCCAAAGGACGCCGCCCGAUCCUCUGGGCCUCGACCGGCGAGAUCCCCACUGUGCCGCCCCCCCUGCCCUUCGCCGGCCGCCUGCGUUCCCUGGACCCUGGGGUCCGCCGGCUGGAGCUGCUCGUGAGCGCGGGGGACUCGGGGAACUUUAUCUGCAAGGGCCCCCAAGAAGAAGAGAGCCGCACGCUGCUCCACGUGCUGGGGGACAGGGCCGAUUGCAGGGCCCCCGGGCCCGCCCGCGGGUCGGGGUACCCCCAGGUCUUAAUCCCUCUGCUGGGCGCCGGGCUGGCGCUGGGACUGGGAGCGCUAGGCGUGGUCUGGUGGUUGCGCAGGCGCUCGUCCCCGCCCCCGCUGCCCACACUCGCUCCAUUUGUGAAAGGAGAGUCCCAGAGGCUGGCAGAGGGGGAGGAGGAGGAGCCCGAGAUUCCGGGGGACCUGGACCAGGAGGAGCCGAGCCUGCUGUACGCAGAUCUGGACUACACGGCCCUCAGGAGGCCCUGCCGGCUGUCCACAGUGGCCCCUGCUGAUGCCCCCACUGUCUAUGCCGUUGUGGUUUGAAGGGAGCCCUCCCUCCAGACUCGGGGAGUGCUCAGGCUCUCUCCAGGCCACUAGCUCCUCCUCUCUGCCCCACAGCUCCUGCUCCUUCAGUUACUCCCGUCCCUCCCGCAGCUACCCUGAUUCCUUCACCACCAGUGUCCUCUCCAAGCCAGACUGAGCCCUGUCUCCCACCUGAGACAUCAGUAACUCCUGUGUGUGUUUACCCUGUCUCUUCAGAAUCAAGCUUUUUGAACCACCAGGGUACACACCUGCUUUUUCCUUCUCCCCACUGCUCAUCUGCUGAAAUUGCUACCUCCUCUCCACAAGGUUGCCAGUGAUGUCCUAGGCCCCAUUUGUUAGCAUUCACCUGGGUUGGCUUUGAUCAUCCCCUUCUUUAAGCUGUUUUACUUGGCUUUCUUUUUCCCUAGCCUCACAGUCUUCCCCACGAUUCUAGGUUUGUCCUUUUCUUUUUCCCCUUCACCCCUCUUCAGGAAAACUUCUGUCCACAGCCCAUCAGCCCCCAUCUUUGCAGGUGACACCCAGAGUCUCUGCUCUAGGCCUUGUAUCCGGCUGCCCCAGGCACUUUGCACAAACAUGUCAGACCCAGCCCAUUGCCAUCUCCCGAGUCACUCACGGAUCCUCCUCUGCACCUCUUCCGAACAGCCAGUUGCCCAAGCCAGAACCCAGGAGUCAUGCAGACCUCCUGUCUCUCCCUCCCACACAGCGAGCCGUGCGCUCAUCUUUCCACCCAGUGUCACUGUCAUGUCUGCACCGUCUCCAUGUCCACCACUGGCAUCAUGAUGUACUUUCCUAAUUUCCCAGUUCGCCCUCUCACCCUUUUCUUCCUCUCUGAAGCCAGGUUGAUCUUCCUCAAGUACCGACCCGCUCCUGACAGCCCUUCUGUCUGAGCUGCUGUGUUUAUCUCCAGCCCCCUUGGCCCUGGGCCCCUGGCUUUUGGUACAAGUCCCACAGCACUCCUCUCCCAGGAUCAUCUCUGCCACCUCACACCCAUGCACCUCGCCCCGGGCCCCAAGCAUGCCUUUGCCCUGGAUUACUGUUUUUCUUUCUCCCCACUCCCUGCUGGGAUAAUUCUUCUUUAUCAAAUGUCAUCUUUUGUGGAAAGUUGUUCCUGACCCUUCUUGCCUACUCCUGCAUAUACUUUGAUGCCCUAGGGAGUCUCCUUAUUUUCUCAGAGAACAGCCUCGGGUGAAUCAUUCCAUCACAACUUGUAUUUCCAUUUGUAAGAAAUUUUCAUGUACUGUGAAUUCCCUGACAUCAGGAGACUGACCUUUCUCUGAUACAACUGCUGAUCCUCUCGGUAAACGAGUGAAUGAAAAUUAAUGUCCUUGGAAAUAUGUUUAGGUGAACUAGUAAACUACCAAGGUCUGAAUCAUCUGGCAUUUAGAUAAAUUCAGAGAGUGAUCCAGCCACAUACUCCUUUCUGCUCUGGACAUGCUGUCUGUGAUACAGAUUCCAACUGUCCAGCUGUGUAUCUGGGACAGGGUUGGGCAGUGAAUGAGUCAUUAAGGGCCUAAUGAGGGUUUU